CCCUAAUCGGAGAUCUUCCAAUCGCCUUGAGCUAUGCAGCAACCUCAGGAGUCGACGACGGCAGCCGAUGAGAUUCGCUCCUUACGGGUCAACGGCUUGAGUCCGAGGAUGGGUGAGAUGUAUCUAUACAACUGCUUCAGUGACUGCGCAGAUGUUUUGGCUGCAACAGUUUUGCGGAAAGUGCAAACCGGAUGGCAGGAAGAUCAUGGUUUUGUCGAGUUUGCUUCUCACAGUGUGGCUGAGUUUGUCUUGAGCUCCUACAAUGGUGAGCUCAUGCCCAACUACAAUAAUCGGAGAUUUUGCCUGAGCUGGGACACUGAUGGUUACGGUACAAGGUGGCGCUGGGAUCCUGUUUACCAGCAAUGGUCUUUCUUUGGUUAUGAUGAGCACUGUGAUAUGUUGGAUGCCAAGACAGUGAUCGAGUUGUACAAGGACUGCAUACCUGUUGUUACUGAAAAGCCAUCUGGUAGUGCUCAGCAAUAUUCGCAAGCUGCCUACCCAAAUACUCUUGGAGAUUCAGGCGAGGCUAUUCCAAAUAACACAGAAAACCAGCUAGUACAGACAAAGUGGAAUGGUUAUAGUCGUGCUGGCUCUAUGGAUAGUUACAAGCGUUUGAAGCAUGCACAUGUGGAUCUAUGGAAUGGUGGUAAUGGUGCUGGGUUUAUGUUUAUCCAGAACAACUUGAUGCGUCCACAUCACCUUAACCUGUAUCAUGGAGGACAGGCUGGAUAUGUAAAUUACCCGCAGCAUGGUCUAUACCCGCAGCCUUGUGCUUAUCAGCUGCCUUAUCAGCAACAUCAGACACAGUGGACUGUUGGCAGUGAUGUGCGUCCACUUGGGCAGCUCACCCAAGUUCCUAACCUGCAGGCUGGAUAUGUAAAUUACCAGCAGCAUGGUCUAUACCCGCAGCCUUGUGCUUAUCAGCUGCCUUAUCAGCAACAUCAGACACAGUGGACUGUUGGCAGUGAUGUGCGUCCACUUGGGCAGCUCACCCAAGUUCCUAACCUGCAGGCUGGAUAUGUAAAUUACCAGCAGCAUGGUCUCUACCCACAGGAGAAGAAGCUGUAUUUAUGUUUCGAUGAGUGCAAUGACCCGACCAAUUGUUGUUAUGUUCUCCGCACCAUAAAUUUGUCCGAGUUACUUGCAUGCUCCUGUGAGUUUAGCAGCGAUACUGAAGAAAUAACCAAGUGCAGCUAUUGCACCUCCAAAGUCAAACCGGAAUCUCGGUUGCGCCAGCGGGCUUGGCUCUUCGCCAGCGAGGAAAAUCCUUUCAGCUGCGGUAGGGUGGAGGUGAUAAUUCCUUCGGGUAUGGGUUGCUGUGCCUCCGGCUCCCAAAUCUUCUUCGCUGGUGGCAUAGCUCCACUACCACUUAGGGAAAGACUAUUUGUCAGAAGACAAUUUCUGCCAAGUGGAGAUGUCUAUAGUUUUGAACCCAAGUCUAUGUUUUGGAAAAAGCAUGAUUGGAGUUUCCUGAAGGGGAAACCAGACCCCUUGCUUUUUGAGGUGAACGGAAAUCUCUAUUGUCUCGCAGGUAGGCCCCUAGGUUUUUCUCUUGAUCGUCCCACUUUCGAGGUAUACUAUAGCAGUUCUGGUGAAUGUGAGGCUUUGCCGGAUCCUCCAUUUUACCUACCGGAACUAGAUCACAACAAAAACUACAGCGGCCCUUUGCCUGGUCGUGAAUUGUCUUAUGCUAUUGUUGGUACCAAGAUCUUGAUCUCGAGCAGGCACAACAAUGAAUUAAUCCCUAACUUUCCCAUUAUGUGUUUUGAUGUGAAUGAGAAGGAAAAGAAAUGGAGAGAGAUGACUUCCUUGUUCAAUGGUAAGCCCUUUCCCUUCAUCAGCAGGGCGGCUUUGGUCUUGGACUUGAACGAUGGUACACAUGAUAAGGUCAUGUUUUCCGUUCGUGAAUAUCACGAGAUAUAUGUCUCCCGAUUAGUUGUGAAUGAUGAUGGUAGUAUAUACAACUCUCAGGACUCUCCUCUGUUGUUUUUUAACUGGUUCUAUACCUUCUUUCGUGACCUUUGUCCUUUACAUUCAAAGUCAUACAGCUUUGUCGAUCUAGGAAAUCAAAAAGUUGGCUUUGUUGUGUGCGGGAACAUGGUUACAAUGCUAAGAGAUGAUACACCUUCUCUCCGGAAGGUGCGUGUUGUUGUGUUAGUAAUUGAAUAUGAAGUGAAAAAAUCAAGAUAUGUAUGGGGAAAGCUCCUGGCCACUCGCACCUUUGAAUACAAUUGCCAUUCCGCCGGCCUCCGAUCCGUCGACUUGAUUGGUAGCUUUGUGUUCUAACUCACUCCAACCAUUGGUCUUGUGGUGUGACAGAGGAGAAUCAUAGGUUCCUACUCAUGUUUCCUUGUGAAAUGGAAAUGAAUUCUUUUGGGCUGAUACUGGGCCUGUAAUUUUGGAGAUGAUAAUGGGCCUGUAAUUUUUCCUUUUUGUAAGACCAUUUAUCA